CACACGCAUCGUUUAAUUUUGUAUUAGUAUUAACGUCCUCUAAUACGCAAUCUCAGCCGUCCAUCUAUCUAUCUAUCUAUCUUUAUAUAUAUAUCUCGAAGGCUCUCUUAUCUUUUCCCAUUCUUCAGGGACUUGAGCAUAUUUGCGUUGUAAUUACAAAAAAUGCCACGCUUAGGACUUCGAGCUCUCUUCUUUGGCUCUUAUCACGAGAGCCAUCAUCCCCAGCGGCUCCAUGAUCCAAUCUCCAAUCAUGGCCGUUCGUUAACUGCUCCUCCAUCUCCAAGCUACUAUCCUGGCCGUUCAUCAAGUGUAACUUGUUCUCCUUCCCGCCAGACCUUCUCUGCAACUAUGAUGGACGAGAACAUCGCCCUCACUGAAUCCAUCAUCAUGAGAUGGGAUCCCAGUACGAAUCUCGAGGCGAGAAUGACGUCACUUUUCCGGUCAGAUAAGCGCGAGGCUGGCCUUCUUCUUCGCGCCGUCGGCGACCUCCAGCGCGCCAUGCUCUUCUUCUCGUCUGAUGAGCUCGCCGGCGACCCCGCCGUCCGUUCCCGCAACCUCGUCCGCGCCCAGGCUUUGAUGCAGGCGGCGAUCCGCCGGCUCGAGCACGAGCUUGAUCUCCUUCUGUCUUCCUCUCCUGAUCCUCUGGAAUCCAUUUCCGCUCGCACCUCCAGCUCCUCCGGCAACGACGAGUUAUCCGACGAGGAAAAGAUCUCGUCGGCUUCCGAUGCUGUCCCCGCCGCCGACGACGACCUUCGAGCUAUCUCUGAAGCCAUGAUCGCCGCCGGGUACGGUAAGGAGUACGUCCGGAUCUACAAAACCCGCCGGAAAUCCAUCGUCGAUGAGGGCCUCUACCGUCUUGGCUUCGAGCGGCUAUCCUCGUCCCAGAUCCAGAAGCUCGAUUGGGACAUCCUCGAGCUCAAGAUCAAGUCCUGGCUCCGCGGCACUGGUCCGGCCAUCCAAACCCUCUUCUCCAGCGAGCUUACUCUAGCCGAGCACGUCUUCUCCGGCUCCAACUCCAUCCUCGAGUCCUGCUUCGCCGACAUCACCCGUGACGCCGCCACCGCCCUUCUCUCCUUCCCAGACUCCAUCGCCAAAACCAAAUCCACGCCGGAGAAGCUCUUCCGAAUCCUAGACCUCUAUGACACUAUCUCCACCCUCCUCCCUUCCAUCAAGACCCUCUUCUCCUUCGAAUCCACCACCAGCGUCCUCUCCCAAACCCUAACCUCAUUGCAAAAACUCGAAGAAACAGCGAACUCUCUCCUCGCCGAUUUCGAAUCACUCAUCCAAAAAGACGCCUCCAGGUCAGCAAUUUCAGGCGGUGGGGUCCACCCUCUGACACGGUACGUCAUCAACUACCUCAUUUUCCUCGGCGAUUACAAGCUCCCACUCGCCAAUAUCCUCGCCAAUUCAAACCCAUCAUCACCCCAAGAACCAGAUCCAGAGGAAAGCUCGCUCUCAUCUCCAAUGGCGAAGAGGAUAUCAUGGCUCGUUUUCGUCCUUCUCUGCAAGCUCGACAGCAAGGCCGAGACCUACAAACACGUCGGCCAAUCCUACCUAUUCUUAGCUAACAAUCUCCACUACAUUGUGAACAAGAUCAGUGAAUCCGAGCUCAAAGAAAUCCUCGGAGACGAAUGGCUUCAAAGGCACUCCGCCAAAGUUCGUCAUUAUAUGGGCAACUACGAGAGGCUGGUCUGGGCGACGGUGGCGGCGGCGAUCCCGGCCGUUGGUGUAGCGACGGCGGAGGAGGCCGGAGAAUCAAUGAAGGCCUUCAAUGCUGCAUUUGAGGAGGCUUCGCGGAAUCAAGGGGAGUGGGUGGUGGUGGACAAGACAUCGAGAGACGAAGUCCGGGCUUCGGCUGUGCGAAUGGUCGUGCCGGCUUACCGGGGAUUCUACUGGCGGUGCAGGGAGUUGCUCGGCGGCAGCGCCGGCUCUGCGGCGGUGAGGUAUUCGCCGGAGGACGUGAGGAACCGGAUAGAGGAGCUUGUUUCUAUUUCUCCGGGUUCGGGCUUGGGUUCCAGCCCGAGUUUAGGUUCAGGUUCGGGCACGGGCUCAUGUUGGGCUUCUGGUCCGGGUUCAAAGUUAUCGUUCUGUUGGCGUAGUGAUACAAAAUAG